AUGGGGGGAAAGCAUGAGGAAGAUGAGGUCUACGGGAAACCAGUCAAAUAUGACCCCUCCUUUCGAGGCCCCAUCAAGAACAGGAGCUGCACAGAUGUCAUCUGCUGCAUCCUCUUCCUGCUCUUCAUUUUGGGUUACAUCGUGGUAGGGAUUGUGGCCUGGGUGUAUGGAGACCCCCGGCAAGUCCUCUACCCCAGGAACUCUACCGGUGCCUACUGCGGGAUAGGGGAGAAUAAAGACAAACCGUAUCUCCUAUACUUCAACAUCUUCAGCUGCAUCCUGACCACCAACAUCAUCACGGCCAUCCAGAACGGCCUACAGUGUCCCACACCCCAGGUGUGUGUAUCCUCCUGCCCAGAGGCCGCAUGGGCUGUGCAGAAUGAUCAGUACCUUCUGACAGUCGGGGAGGUCUUCUAUACCCAGAACAGAAACUUUUGCCUGCCAGGGGUGCCCUGGGAUAUGCAAGUGCUCGAAAGCCUGCAACAGGAACUCUGCCCCAGUUUCCUCCUUCCCUCCACUCCAGCUCUGGGGCGCUGCAUUCCUUGGACCAACUUAACUUCAUCCGAUCUCCCAGGGAUUGACAACACCUCCAUCUCCCAGGCAAUCAGUGGUCUUCUUGACAGCCUCAAUGCUCGCGACAUCAGUGUUAAGAUCUUUGAAGAUUUUGCCCAGUCCUGGUAUUGGAUUCUUAUUGCCCUAGGCAUAGCUCUGGUCCUGAGCCUGCUGUUUAUCCUGCUUCUGCGCUUGGUGGCCGGGCCCCUGGUGCUGGUGCUGAUCCUAGGGGUGCUGGGUGUGUUGGCGUACGGCAUCUACCACUGCUGGGAGGAGUACAGAUUGCUGCGGGACAAGGAUGCCUCCAUCUCCCAGCUGGGCUUCACCACCAACCUCAGUGCCUACAAGAGCGUGCAGGAGACCUGGCUGGCUGCCUUGAUUGUGCUGGCCGUGCUUGAAGGUAUCCUGCUGCUGAUGCUCAUCUUCCUGCGGCAACGGAUUCGCAUUUCCAUUGCCCUCCUGGAGGAGGCCAGCAAGGCUGUGGGACAGAUGAUGUCCACCAUGUUCUACCCGCUGGUCACCUUUGUCCUCCUGCUCAUCUGCAUUGCCUACUGGGCCAUGACUGCUCUCUUUCCUUGACUCCCCUAUGGGUACCUGGCCACAUCAGGGCAACCGCAGUACAUCUUCUGGGCGUCUAACACCAGCUGGCCCGGCUGUGAGGAUGUGUCAGUGAACACAUCAUGCGACCCCAUGGCCCAGCCCCUGAACUCCUCGUGCCCAGGACUGAUGUGCGUCUUCCAGGGCUACUCGUCCACAGGCCUAGCACAACGUUCUCUCUUCAACCUGCAAAUCUAUGGAGUUCUGGGGCUCUUUUGGACCCUUAACUGGGUACUGGCCCUGGGCCAGUGCGUCCUGGCUGGGGCCUUUGCCUCCUUCUACUGGGCCUUCCAUAAGCCCCGGGACAUCCCCACCUUCCCCUUGAGCUCUGCCUUUAUCCGCACACUCCGUUACCACACUGGGUCACUGGCAUUUGGAUCCCUCAUCCUGACCCUGGUGCAGAUAGCCCGGGUCAUCUUAGAGUAUAUUGACCACAAAUUGAGAGGAGCACAGAACCCUAUCGUCCGCUGCAUCAUGUGCUGCUUCAAGUGCUGCCUCUGGUGUCUGGAAAAGUUUAUCAAAUUCCUGAAUCGCAACGCGUACAUCAUGAUUGCCAUCUAUGGGAAAAAUUUCUGUGUCUCAGCCAAAAACGCCUUCAUGUUGCUCAUGCGGAACAUUGUCAGGGUGGUUGUCCUGGAUAAAGUCACAGACCUGCUGCUGUUCUUCGGGAAGCUGCUGGUGGUUGGAGGUGUUGGGGUCCUGUCCUUCUUUUUUUUCUCUGGUCGCAUCAAGGGGCUGGGUAAAGACUUUGAGAGCCCCCACCUCAACUAUUACUGGCUGCCCAUCAUGACCACCAUCCUGGGGGCCUAUGUCAUUGCCAGCGGCUUCUUCAGUGUUUUCGGCAUGUGUGUGGACACGCUCUUCCUCUGUUUCUUGGAAGACCUGGAGCGGAACGACGGCUCUCUGGACAGGCCCUACUACAUGUCCAAGGCCCUUCUUAAGAUUCUGGGCAAGAAGAACGAGGCACCCCCGGCGGGCAAGAAGAGGAAGAAGUGAGAGAGCCGGCC